AUGGAACACGUGGAAUUCGUCCAAACUCGAUUGGAGCUUAACAUUUUAGAGGAGGAUCUCUUUUGGCACGAGAGUGAGAUCUUGGGAUUAGACGUGAGCCAAUGUGCUGGGAAAUGUAUUGCUUCAUCUGUGGAUUGUCUCUUGUUUGGUUCCAAUAAAAAAUGCUGUUCCAUUGGAACCUUGACCAAUGUCUCAUCUACGCGUCCCAUGGAACAAAUAACUGAAAGGGUCUACGUAAAUCAAAAGAUGUUACAGAAUUGGAUCCCCUCCAAGUUUUUUAAGUUGACUGUCAACGAGGUGCCAAGUGGAAAUGUCAAUUGGUUCCAAAACGUUUCCACUCGUUCGGAUUGUUAUUUGGGAUCAAUGUUGGUGAAGCCUAUCCCAAAUCUCUUUGGAUACUCAAAAUCCACCAGCAUGUGCUUUGAAGGUUUCUUGACGUCAAACCAGUCUCUUCAUUCCACGAAGAUGAAGGGUGUGGAAUCACUUUAUUUUCACAAAGAUGUCUUGAAAUCAUUGGUAAACCGCAACUCAGUAUCUGUACCUUGCGGAUCUUUGGAUAAGCUUAUGAAACAUAUUUUGGAAUCCAAAACAGUUCAAUCAUCCCUUGAGUGUUUGGCAUAUUGCAUAAUGAGGGGUCAAUUUUGCCAUCUAGUUUUAUUAUUGGGAUAUAAUGAAUGCCUUUUGGUGUCUUUCAACCAAAAACUGGAUCAAGCGUCGAGAGCUCAAAUGGUCGAGGAUUCUGGAGCAACAAAUUGCACUAAGACAAUAGUUCUGUCUCCAAUAAAUCGUUUAAGAGAUUUAGAGGGCAAUGAGGUAUUUGAAUCGAAAACCUUCUCCAAAUAUGUCUUUUCCGUUUCAACUAUUGACGAGGAAGUCCCAAUUACCUGUCUCUUGAAGUGUUUGUUAGCAUUUCAUCCCCUUUGUAGUUUCUAUUUGGAAAAGAGCGGUGUUUGUUAUCUUGGCAAUUUCCAAGUUCAACCAAACUUGACCUUUGACUUAUUAACCAAUGAAAGAAUACAAGUGAUUCAGGGUUCCGAUUGGAUGUCCAAUUCAACUCAACAUUUGGUGCCUUUAAGCUCGUUGGUCUGGGGUCUAAGGAUCUAUAACUGGACGAGCCCAGUAGGAUCAGAAAACAUUUGUGGGUCAAUGUGUCUCCUACGAGAUUUGGACAUGUCUUGCGAUUUCUUCGUGUUUGUUGAAGAUACUUGCUUUUUUGGCAAUCUGACUUUCAAUAAAGGUCUCGAUUUGUUGGAUAGUGUUUUCCAUGGGACGCCAAUAAUCGUGAAAGGUGUCUUGGACUAUUCCAAAUAUUUGCCGGCUUUGAACUCGUUUCAAAGCCAGUGGUCGGAAAAAAUUUAUAAGCAACAAAAAGUGCUAAAUUGGGAACAAUGUCAUGGCUUGUGCUAUUUGGAUAGUGGUCCAUGUUAUAUCUUCACUUUCUUUCUCUCUGAUGGAACAUGCUCCCUAGGAGAUUGGAACUCAAAAUCGGAAAAAUAUUAUGUUAAUCCAAAUUCAACCAUUUACCAAUACGAACCCCAAGCCAUGCUAGUAACGGGUGGAGAGAGGAAUAUUCUAUUCCUUGAAUCUAUGAGUACUUGUUACGAUCCUGGUGUACUUGGCCAUCCUACAAAGCUUACUUAUGAAUCUGCUGCAAUCCACAAGAGUCUACUUUUCGUUUGCGGUGGUUCCAACGUGCAAAAUCUCACUGAAGGAGGAUGUUUUCGAAUCGAUUUGGCUCUUGAUUUUCCCUUCUGGGAGAGAAUGCCAAACCUUCCUUUUCCACAACUAUCCAUGGGAUUGCUCCUCACUGCGGAGGAUGGCUUCUUGUACUAUUUUGGUGGAGAAAGUGGUUCCCUUUUGAGUUCCAAAGUCGCUAAAUUUGACGUGGAAUUCAAUCAAUGGUAUGAUGCAAGAGCCGACAUGGUUGUGCCCUUAAAAAGGCAUUGCGGCGUUGAGUAUAAAGGUUCCUUUUGGAUCAUUGGCGGUGAAACAAGUGGCAUCUCCAAGUACACUAGCAGAGUGAGCGUAUUCAAUCCCAGCACUUUAACAUGGACCCAAAAAGGCUUUUACCCUGUAUCAUCAGCCAGGUCCAAAGUUCAUUGUGGCACAAGCGUUCAUAUGGAUACCAAACAUGAUCUCCUCUGGGUCUUGGGUGGGUCUACCAAUACUUUGGAGGAACUCGUGGACGUGAAUGUUUAUGACCUAACGUUGGAUUCUGGCUAUUGGAGGACCUUGCCCUCGUUACCCUCAGGAUUACCUUAUGGAAAACUGCCGAAUGCAGUGUUUGCCUUUGGACCUGGGGAGGUCUAUUUUGUCCCACAUCAGAUUAGCGCUUGGGAAGGUUGGACCUCUAUGAUGAGGUUCAAUUGGGAGACUCACAAGUUCCAGAGGCACCCAAAAUCAAGCUAUCAGUUCAAUGUUAGCCUGACAUCUUUGCCAACCAAAAUUCCGUUGCAUUGGUUUUGGGAUUGUAUUCCUCAAGCUGCUGAUUGGAGCUUAGUUGCUAGCCACAAUGUUUCUUCACAAUGGUUUGCGUUCGACCAGUUCUUGUUGAACUCUAGUAACCUUUACAUCAACCAAUCGCGAAUGAGAGAACUAAGGGAUUGCGACGAGAGAUUCCACUUGCGCCUAGUGUACCCAGAAUUAGGUUACUUCAACGAAUGGAGCCAAGAUUCGGACCCGACAAACUCCUCUCAAACCAGUGUUACGGGCUUUCAAGCAAUAACCAUGAAAUAUGCCACUUACUUCAAUGGUUUGAGGUACAGUGCGCAUUUGGGCGUGGCAUUGAUGAGUGGAGAUCAAAGGGAGGAUGCUAAAACGUAUUCAGUUGGGACGAUGAAGAACAUUGACAACCAAAACCAAAUACAUGGUCCUGUUCUAUCAAAUGGGAGCGAAAUAUUUGUAAGAUCUCUACGGCUAUUAAUGAAAAAUCUUUGUUAACUAGCAAGUGUUGCAUUUGGGAGAUGAAACCAAUUUUGGCCGCUUCUGAAGUGUCUUAUUAAGUCUAGAGAAGCAAAUAAAACCUCUAUUA